UUAAACAAAAAUGGCGUCCUUCUGUGCUCUAUUUUACACUGUGCUUGUAAAUAUUGUUAUUAACAAUAUAUUAAUUGCUUCUGAGAAUAAUAUCUCUUACAACUCGAAUACGACAAUGUAUCCUGAUCAGAACAGCACAUUUAAUAUUACAGAUGUUUAUACAACAACAGAACCUACGCAGUUUGAGUCAACAACCCGAAUCUCCAGCAUCAGCCCCGAGCCUCCAGAACCAGACCUGCCCGAGGACCCUCUGCCCUUAUCCGGCCGCCUCCCUCAACCUGACAUCAGUGUGGCAGCAAUGUGUCCCUGUGAUAUGCACAUAGACGUGUGUGAUAUGAACUGCUGCUGUGACAAAAAGUGUGGUCCUGAGCUGGCUCUUUUCACUGCCUGCUCCGUGCACACGGUCAGAGGCAGCAGGAGACUAUGCAACCAGGAAGUGGCCACCUACUCACUGAGUACUACAAUAGAUGGCUACUCAGAGCUACAGUCAUCUGUGCAGUAUGACAAGAAUUAUGAUUGCAUUUAUUUCCAAAACCGGGUUGAUGGGCUGUACCACCCACCGCCAGCUCUUCCAACUGACAGAAACUUUGACUCUAUUUUUGAGAAGUUCACCAGCUUUAAUUUCAGCCCAGACAGUGGUCAGGGAUCUGCAAUAGAGCCACAGACCUCACCUGGAUAUCAGUAUGGGGAUAUUAUGCAAACCACUGUGGCCAAUGGACAAAGAGACAUUAUCUAUCUUCCAUCCUCUGGUAUUACUAUGGACUGUGUGGAUUCAAACCCUGCAGCUUUCCUGAACAAACAAAGCAAUCGCUGUUCGAGGCGCGUGGACCUUCAGCAGGACUGUGAGAGCCUAUCAGCUCUGAGCAUGGACACAUACACCAGCUUCCAAGUCUCUUCUGGGAAAUCUACUGCUGCAGCUCUUGUUCCUGUGGAAGUAGCAUCUUUAGUGUUGCAGUCUUUGGAAGGUGCUCAGACUGAGGUGCAGUUCAGUGAUGGAGAUUUUCUCCCAGUUCUUCUGAACCCACGUUUGUGUGCCAAUGUCGUGUUAGAGGUUGCAUAUGUGGUCCAGUACAACCCUGCUGGAGAGAUAGUUAAUGUGGCUGCAUCUUUGGUGCUCGGAUAUGUGCAAGACACUCCCAUGCCUUUUGAACAAGUCUUUGAGAUUAGGUUUUCUGAAGAGGAUGGACCUGAGGUGGUUGUCCAGUUCAGUGGGAAUCCUGGCUACGUGGUUGGAUUGCCACUUAUAUCAGCAUACAAAACACCAGAAGGUCUUUCUCGAAGCAUCAAUCCCAAAAACACACUGUCUCUUUUGCAAAGCUCAGUAGACCAGGACUGUUUGCAGGGUCCACAGCUGCGAUCUCAAAUUUUAUUUGGGCACAAUUCUGUAACUGGUUGUACACUGAGACUGGCUGAUAUAACAAAUUGCACCCUAAUCUCUCAAGUGUUACUAGAUGUUCUAAGGGGACAGAAUUAUCCCCACUUUGUGGCAUCUUUUGGAAAUUCUCCUAUAGAGAAAUCACUAGACUGGGUGGCUAUCAGGAGAGCAUUUAAUCCACAGGACUCCCAAGGCUGUGGCAUUCCUCUGUCACUUCAUUUAGAAAUUGAAUGGACCAAAUAUGGAACCCUGGUGAAUCCUCAGGCACAGAUUGUGAGCGUAAAAGAAAUUAUUCAGACUAACACCAGUCAAUUGACUCUGCUGUCUGGAGGAAGUGCUGUUUUACCAGUUCAGACAUCAGUGGCUUUUAUUUCAGUGUCUGCUCCUGCUACUCGUGGAUACAGAGCCAUGCCCACAAUUGAUGCCAAGUUGCCUUUUGACUUUUUCUUCCCUUUUGUAUAAUGC